AUGGCAUCUAUGGCAGCGUCGGCGCAUGAGUCGAGCUCUGCGCUUGCUGAUGCUUUACUCCCUGCUAGUAUAUUCGCACCUGACCGGGGAGGAUGCGUGGAGGACCCCGGGGACGAGUUUUACGAGGACGGGGACGUGGUCAACGGCGAGCCCGAGGACCGAAGGAUUGACUUCACUAGCAAGCUGGCCCUUGUCAGUCCAAAUGGAGAGCAGUAUGACUCCUUACUUAGCCAGCUAAGGGAAAGGAUGGAAGAGGGGUCUGGAGAGACCAUCUACGUGGUUGGGAUUGGUUCAGAUGGUGGUGAUUGGGGUCUCAACGAAAAAGACAUGGAGGCUUCCGAGGCCACUGUGCGAUCCAUGUGUGCACAGCUGGACUCUGAUCUGAUUCCUCUCAGAGAACGGACUGAGGCAGAGGGUUUGGUACGUGACUAUUUGAUACGUCGUUGUGUCGGGGAGCUGGACUUCCUGGAGGUCCGGGUGGCAGUGGUAGGGAAUGUGGAUGCUGGCAAGAGUACUCUUCUUGGAGUCUUAACACAUGGAGAACUUGAUAACGGCAGAGGUUUUGCUCGCCAGAAACUCUUCAGACAUAAGCAUGAAAUGGAAAGCGGCAGGACAAGCAGUGUGGGCAAUGAUAUCCUCGGAUUUGACCAAGAGGGUCAGGUAGUGAACAAACCAGAUAGCCAUGGAGGAAGUCUGGAUUGGACCAAAAUCUGCGAGAAGUCCUCCAAAGUGAUCACCUUCAUUGAUCUGGCUGGCCAUGAGAAAUACCUCAAGACAACUGUGUUUGGAAUGACUGGACACCUACCAGAUUUUUGCAUGCUUAUGGUUGGCAGUAAUGCAGGAAUUGUGGGUAUGACCAAAGAGCAUCUGGGUCUGGCUUUAGCCCUCAAUGUGCCCGUGUUUGUUGUGGUGACAAAAAUUGACAUGUGUCCAGCCAAUAUUCUGCAAGAGACGUUAAAGCUGCUUCAGAGGUUAUUGAAGUCCCCUGGCUGCAGAAAAAUCCCUGUCCUGGUGCAGAACAAGGAUGAUGUCAUAGUCACUGCAUCCAACUUUAGCUCUGAAAGGAUGUGUCCCAUUUUUCAAAUUUCAAAUGUGACUGGAGAGAACAUGGAUUUGCUCAAGAUGUUCCUCAACCUGCUCUCAUCACGGACGUGCUACAGAGAUGACCAGCCAGCUGAGUUUCAGAUUGACGACACCUACUCUGUACCAGGAGUUGGAACAGUCGUAUCAGGAACUACUUUACGUGGAUUAAUACGUCUGAACGAUUCCAUGUUACUGGGGCCAGACCCUUUGGGCAGUUUCAUAUCCAUUGCUGUCAAGUCAAUCCACCGCAAGAGAAUGCCUGUUAAGGAAGUCCGAGGUGGUCAGACUGCAUCCUUUGCACUCAAAAAGAUCAAGCGUUCAUCCAUAAGGAAAGGCAUGGUUAUGGUGUCCCCAAGGUUGAACCCACAAGCCACUUGGGAGUUUGAGGCAGAGAUUCUUGUUCUACAUCACCCAACUACGAUAUCACCCCGAUACCAGGCUAUGGUCCAUUGUGGUAGUAUAAGGCAGACUGCUACCAUAUUGUCCAUGAAUAGAGACUGCUUACGGACAGGGGACAAGGCCUCUGUCCACUUCCGCUUCAUUAAGACACCUGAGUAUCUUCACUGUGACCAGAGGCUGGUGUUCAGGGAGGGACGCACCAAGGCUGUAGGGACCAUCACAAAGCUUCUUCAGUCCACCAAUAAUUUGCCGUCAAACUCCAAACCUCCACAGAUAAAAAUGCAAUCCACGAAAAAGAUCCUAGUCCGAAAAGAGGACGGAACCACGACAACCAGUGAUGAGGGCAUAACGAUAGCACACUCAACAGGCACAAGCGUGACACAGGGAGAGGGGGAGGAGGACCCUCAGUUAAAGGAGGGCAACAAGGAGAACAAGCCAAAGACUGGAGGAGGUGGAAGAAGAAGAGGUGGUCAGCGACACAAAGGAAAAGGCCAGAACAUUUCUGCGACAGCAGCCUCCACAUCAGGAACGGGAGGAUGCUAA